AUGCACCAAGGCUGUCUCUCCGACGCCCUCAGGACGGACGCUCUACUUCAGGCGAUUUGGCGACCAUUGGAGCCCGGCGACCGGUUGAAUGUUGGCACCCUGUCGCGAUGCGAAGCCAUGCGCAAACAGGACAGCAUAAACACGCUCUCCACGCCCAACGGCAUCAGCCGAGGGGACAGUGUACCGAGUGGUGCUGAUGGCGGUGCUGGUGGUGAUGGUGCUGGGGAGGUUGGUGGUGAUGUUGUUAGCGAUGGUAACAUGGGAGUUGUACAACGACCCAGACACUCGGCCAAUCAGAUGUUGCAUCAAGAGCUGGCUGCAUCUGAGAUAGUUGCCAAGGCGUUGCGAGCCAAUCUUUACGAGAUCAUACGUGUCCUUGUCCAUCGUCACGCCACCAUUGGUGACGUCAAGGACUUCUUUCGUUUCAUCACAACCUGCCGCAUCUCGGAAUUGGUGAGCGAUUUCACACACUGUUUAGCGAAAAUAACAGAUUUGUUAUUAAGACCCCAGACCUUUGACUUACGAGAUACCUCAGACCAUUGCAGAUAUUAUGAGUUCAAUUCACCUUAG